GUGAUAUCUGCCUCUGUCUCUUGACCAUCGGCCCAGUCAGCUGAUAGAAGGUGUUGGAGGUUCUACCCUGACAACCCAGUACAAGGCACUCUAACACAAGAAUGGCUCUUGAGUUGACACCCUGCAGAGAAGACGCCCGCCGCCUGGUAGCCAGCAAGUUUCCCCAGUUUUUGGCUGCUUUCUUCGCGACGCUGAGCGCCCUGGGUGCAGGAGCCGCCCUGGCCUGGAGCUCGCCUGUGCUGCCGUUGCUACAGAGCGCCCAUGUCGUCACGGAGGGCCAGGCAGCAUGGGUGGGCGCUCUCAUCACCCUAGGCGCCUUUGUUGGGGCGCUACCAGCCGGUGCCUUCGCGAACAUCGUGGGCCGAAAAGGGCUCCUGGUAAGUUAA